UAUCACAGGAAGUCUUUUUCUGCUUGGACUUUUAUUUUGUAAUGUGUUCUUUGUCUUUCCUUUGCACUGUUUUUGUUAGAUAACAGUUGUGUCAAUAAAGAUUAUUGACCUGAGCCCAGAGUGUUUUCUCAGAUCUUAAUGCAGCAACGUUUCAGCUGAUUUACAAUGUGCUGACGGUUAUAAUGUUACAGAAUAAUGUUUUCAUGAAUUCCAUGCUAAACAGCAGAAACGUUAGCUCGUUUAGUCUUGAUCUGGCAGCAGGCUCUGGACUAACGCGGUCUCACUGAUCCUCAGCAGCAGUAACAACAUGGAGUCACGAGAGGAGGAGCCUGAUGAGGAAACACAGAGAUCAUUUCUGAAAGCCAAAGCUACCGAGAGCAUCCAAGCAGCCCACAGCAUAACAGAUGAUAUGACCUCUACUAGCACUGCGACAGCUGUGAGCGCAACGUCUGCUGCAGACGGUCGAUCAGACGACGAGGAAACGGGUGACAAACCGCUCAUCUCCACGCCACGCACAGAGCGGUCAGCAGAUGAGGAGGAGGAAGAAUGUGGGGGGCAAAUAUCUGUUGGAAAUGAGGAGGCUGAACAAGGCAAUGCGUGUAAGGAGGAUGAGGAAGACGAGGAGGAUGAACUGCAGCAGGUGUCUGAUGUCCAGCCAGGUAACACCGACAGCUGCUCCUUUAUUUUCUUCUUCUUCGGAGGUUCCUCUCUGAUUGUUUCCUGUGUUCUGUCAGGCGGUGGCGACUCGGAGGAUAAAUCACUGACAGCCACGAGACAGAGACCGGCUCCUCCCAGCACUCUAGCUUUGACCAGCCUGCCGCAAGCAAAGAAAAAAGUCCUGGUGGCUCCGACUCUCAGCCUGUCAUUAGGUCGCAGCGGGUCCAUGGUCUCUGAUGACCUGCCUUCUGUCUUCCUUUCCCCCUCCCCUGAAGAUGAAGACGACCAAGCACUUGACUUUGAUCUAGAUGCUAUAGAGACACCCUCAGACAGCGAAUCGCUGCCCUUCCCAAUGUAUGACCUGGACCUGGAAGAUGACCUGCGGCGUCUUGGUGUUGCCUCCAGCCACCACAGAGGUCACAGCUCCAGGUCUGACCCACAAACUGGUUGCCUGAUGGAAACAGACCAGAGUGGACUGGGUUUUCUGGAAAGGGAGGAUGUGGUGGACAGCCAUGGCACCAGGUGGCGUUGUUUCACUACAGGUGACCCUCCGCAGGAGAGCCGGGUCAAUAUGAGCGUCCUGGAGCCGUUCCUCAGGGUGCUGUCUCAUGGAGGUUACUAUGGAGAUGGUAUGAAUGACAUCAUCGUGUUUUCCUCCUGUUACCUGCCAGAAAACUGUCUGGAGAACUACCAGUAUGUGAUGGAUAAUCUGUUCAGGUUCGUAGUGGGCACUCUGGAGCUGAUGGUGGCGGAAAACUAUGUGAUCGUGUAUCUCUGUGCUGGAGGUCAGAAGGACAAACUGCCAGGAAUCAGUUGGCUCAGAGAAUGCUACACCACCAUCGACCGCAGGUUGAGGAAGAACUUGAAGGGUUUCUAUGUGGUUCAUCCCACCUGGUACAUUAAAGCUCUCAUCACCAUCAUCAAGCCCUUCAUCAGCACCAAGUUCAGCAGGAAACUUCAGUUCAUCAGCAGCUUAAAGGAACUUUCUAACGUCAUCCCCACUGAGCAUGUUCAGAUCCCAGACUGUGUCAAGCAGUAUGAUGACAGCCUGUCCAGGUGAGACUCCAGGUGGCGCUGCAGAGUCACGUACGUGUUUCUCUGACAUCCAGCAGGAUCUUAUGCACUGUGUCAGCAUUUGGGCUUCCUGAGUGAAUCGCCGGCACUUCAAGACUUCUAACUUUAUUGACAGUUUGUGUGGUGAACAGUGUUAGUGGGUCCAAGAUCUUUAUGCUUUAAGUUUAAACUGAGGGCUGUUGCAGUAUGAGCCAGGAAAGAACAAGUGUCCCCUCAGAUACAUGACUUCGUUUGUGAUUUUAACUGAAACAUUUCCCACAGUUACAACCUGGUUUGUAGAACUUAAAAUUAAGAGUAUUAGGACAAAAGCACAAUGAUGUAAAAUGAACAGCAGGUUCUGUGCGUCCUCAGAACGACACGCAAACAUUCAAGUUUGAUACAAAAAAGUGUUUGUGAGCCAGAACUGUCAGAGAUUUCAACGUUGGAUAUUUUGAAUCAAAGGGUUUUAUUUUAGAAAUGCGUUUUUAAGGUUUGUAACACAUUUCCUCCAACUUUCAGUGUUUUCUGUCAGAGUUGAACCUUCAACCCUGUCUGAAGUCAAGGUUCGCCUUACAGUGAAAUGUUCUGUGCUGCUAAAUAAACUCCCAAUAGUUCCACAA